CCCCUCUCGCAAAACAUCAGUCUGAGCGCAGUAGACAGAAGUCACCGGGAGCGCCUUGACAGGCUCCUGCUCCGGCUGAGGCUCCCUCCAGCUGCCGAGGGUGUUUUUGUUAGGAUCACACACUGCGCAGAACUGCUUAGAAUAGAGCCAUGAUCUCAACCACGAAAUGGGACCUUAGAUGCUGGAGAAACUAACGGCGCAGACUUCUUGGCUAACCUGAGAGCUGAACAAUGUCAUGCCUGGGCGUCGCAGCUCCUCCCGGUCUAGGUGGUGAAAUGAGAAAACUCACUCUCUUCUUCAGUCAGCAAAUUUGAAGUUCUUUCAUCAAGUUCCAUCUCUUUUUGUCUCACAUGGAAUGUAUUUCUGUAUCUGUUGUUAAACUACAAUGACAUGUCUGUAGCUAUCAGGAAGAGAAGCUGGGAAGAACAUGUGACCCAAUGGAUGGGACAGCCUUUUAGUUCUGAUGAUCAUAACACAGCAUGUCAUCAUGGACUAGUAGCUGACAGCUUGCAGGCAAGUAUGGAAAAAGAUGCAACUCUAAAUGCGGACCGCAAAGAGAAGUGUGUUUCACUACCAGACUGCUGCCAUGCAUCAGAGCUGAGAGAUUUUCCUGGGAGGCCAAUGGGUCACAUUUCAAAGGAGGUGGAUGAAAGUGACAGCCAGGAAGGUGAAGAUCAGUUUCUUUCUCUGGAAGCCAGCACGGAAACGCUAGUGCAUGUUUCUGAUGAGGAUACCGAUUCUGAUCUAUGUCUUACAGAUGAUAAACAGAUUUUAACUUCCCAAGGGCACGAAACCUCAGACCAACAUAGCGUCAAAGGAGCAGGCUCCUUAGUCAAGACGCUGCCUAUCACAGAAAGAAACCAAGAUUCUUACAACUCCUGGGGAGUGGCUGGCGGAGCUGAAUUAGCACUCGUAGAAGAAAGUGGGGAGAGGAAAGUUAUUGACAUUAUAAGUAAAAGCCUGGAGCUUUGUAAUGAUAUAAGCUUAAGUGAAAUAAAAGAUGCAUCCCACAUACAUGUAUGUGAGUCGUUGAAUGUGAAAGAUAUUGUGCCUGAGAAGCAAUUGCUUAAUUCUGCUGUAAUUGCUCAGCAACGAAGGAAACCCGACUUCCCCAAGGAGGAACAUGAAAGAAACACCUGCUGUGCAGUACAAGAUGAGUUUUUCGCUAGUCCUUGUGCAGACAGAGGACUGCCAUUAUCAAAAGCAGAUACUGAGGGCUGCCUUCUGCAGCCUCCUUCCUACCCUGGUGGAAUGUCCGCUGAAAAUGGCCUGCAGAAGAGUGGUUUCUCAGAACAUCAAAACAAAAGCCUUCCAAAGGUCAGCUCGGGAGAUGGCAUGCGGUGUUUACACUUGAAGGAACCUCUGACCACCCAGGAACCCACAGAUAAUCAAGUCAGACUUCGCAAGAGAAAGGAAAUAAAAGAAGAUCGAGAUAGGGCGCGGCUUGACUCCAUGGUGCUGCUAAUUAUGAAACUGGACCAACUUGACCAGGACAUUGAGAACGCUCUCAGCACCAGCUCCUCUACAUCCAGCACACCAACCAACCUGCGGCGGCACGUUCCUGACCUGGAGUCAGGAUCUGAGAGUGGAGCAGAUACCAUUUCAGUAAAUCAGACACCAACACAUUUGUCUUCUAACACCGAGUCCACUGACCUACCAUCUGCCACCCCAGUGACCAAUUCUGGAACCAAACCCAAGUCUACCACGGCUCUCCCAGGUAUUUCAGAGAAGGAAAUGGCUGAGAACAGAGCAUUCCCAGGGAGGGAAAAUGUUCAGAAGCACUGGAAAGGAAUAUGCCUAAAAGUGUACAGAGGUCGCCCUAGCUGGUUUGGCUGA